AUAGUCCAGAUAUGUUGAGUAAAGAAGAGAUAGCAAUAUUGAAGGAUUUGGUUCAACUCAUGGAACCAAUUGAGUCUGGGAUCAUUAAUAUCAGUGGUAGUAGAUACGCUACAUGCAGCGUCGUGAUUCCUCUAGUUCGUGGGAUUGUCAGUGUCAUCAAGAAACUGUCUCCAGAAACAGGACCUGCAAAACAGUUCCAGGAGGCCCUUCUGACUCGGAUAAUGGACAAAUUCAGAGACGUGGAGUUGAUGCCGUUGCUAGGGCAAGCCACGCUAUUGGAUCCAAGAUUCAAAAAAGUUGCCUUCGAAAAACCACUGGCAGUCACUACUCAUCUCCAGAGAAUCGAUAAAUUAUUGAAGGAUGCGUCGAAACAGGAGAAUCUUAAGAGCAAAGAAAAUGUAGAAGUGAACAUUCGAAGAAUGGCUCCAAGCUUGUGGGAUCUUCAUGACGAACUGGUGGCAAAACAAGCUCCUGAAGAGGAGGACCAGGGAUAUCACUCUGAACUACGUCAGUAUCUAAAGGGCAAAGUGAUUUCUCGUGAGGAGGAUCCAUUCCAGGAAUGGGAGAAAUUGAAGCCUGCUUAUGCAACGCUGUAUCCUAUAGCCAUCAAAUAUCUCAGCAUCAUCGCAACAUCUGUUCCUUCUGAAAGGAUUUUCUCCCAGGCUGGGAAAAUAAAAGAUGACGAUCGCUCAAGAUUGACUGGUGAGAAUUUGAAUAAAUUACUUUUCUUGGGAAGUCUGAACCGCGAAGAAUGGGGACUGUAGGUAGAAGGUUUAAUGUGAAAUGUAAAAGUAUCAGAGGUGUGGUGAUGAGCAUGAUAAUCUUUUGGCAGAAAUG